CUAUUUUAAACCGCACUUCCUUCGUUAGUAGUGGAUUAACAAGUCCGUUUUAGGAAGAGCCCAAGACAAUAACAAGAUUCAGUCAAGCGGUGAGUUUGAUAAACAUGAAAAGCAGACCCGGAGGAAAAAAAAGUUGCCGCUCGGUGGGCUAAGCGUGCUACUGCUUUGUUGAGAAGAGCUCUUUUGUGGGAUUGACACUGACCGGGUGAGAAGGAACCAGUUUCCUUCAAGAAAGUCAAGUCAUUGCCUAAGCAGGUCUGCCAGGAUGCAUCAGGGAUGGACGUUUGGACGCCAUUUCUGAUGUUGACUUAGCUGCAUUGUCUGGGAUGGAUCAAAACAAAGGUCCAGGUGGAGAUCCUGGUCUGACAGCAGACUGGGAGAAUUCUGAGUCAUUAUGUCCAGAACAGGAGCAGAGGAGAUGCAUGGUGACACAGGAUGAGACUACUAAUGGUUCCUGGUCACAUAGGUCCAUCAGAGAAUCUUUGCAGCGAGCUGAGACUUUACUCAGAAGCACCUUAAAUCCCAGUUUGAACUCGCUGUUCCAUGGCCGCAGUCAAGAUGAGGACGCAGAAGAGGGAAAUUUUGUAGUUGCGCACAACCUAGUGUCCCGGUCCUCUGCACGUCUCCUUCGUCUGCAGCAAGCUCUUUUGACUGUGGCACCAAAGUGGCAGCCGCUCGGCGGUGCACAGUUGGGGUCUUCCCAGGUCUGUUUUAAAGGCCUCCCAGUAGAGGGUGGUGUUCUCCUCCAGCCCUCCUCCUCCUUCCUGCAGGGACACUACAGAACUCUGUGGAGACUCCUAGAGCAGCGAUCCCUGCUGCUCUUCAUACACGAGUACGCCAGGAGGGCUCAUCUCACAGCAGCAUACAUAUCAAGAAUUAGCCACCUGCUGGAGUACCAGCUGAAUAAAUCACACCUGCCACCUAACCAGGUUAGGCCAAACUGCAUGAAUUUCUCAAACAGUUUAAAAAUUUCUUGUAAACAGUCUUUGUGAUAUGAACAUUUAAUCUGAUUACCUUGUGAAACACACUGAGAAUCAGCACUAAAUUGUGUAGCUCCUUGCAGUUCUUAAUAUGUUCACCAUCUGGUCUCCAACUGUGUCUAUCUGCUGUUUGCUGCUGAGCAGGUAGUGGACAGUGGCUUUUUACAGUUUUUAUGAUGGAGAUGGCUGUGUCUUGGGGUUGUUUAUUUGUAUUCGUAUAAUCUUAGGAUGCCUGGUAUGAACGGCUCUCUGAGCUUAUUCCACAGUAUUUCUGUUAGGCUACGGUUAGGCUCUGACUGGGCAACUCCAGAAGGAGGAUUUUCUUUGUUUAAUUUUCUUUGUCAUUCUGUAGUAGAUUUAUUUCCAAUGUUUACGGUCAUUGUCCUGCUGCAUCACCCAGUUUCUACUGAGCUUCAGGUGGCGGACAGCCAACCUGACAUUAUCCUGUAAGACACCAUGAUAAAUUUGGGAAUUCACUUUCCUCUGAUGAUGAUGGUGAGCUGUCCAGGCCUAGAGGCAGCAAAGCAGCCCCAAAUCAUCAGCUCCCUCCACUGUACUUCACCGCUAGGAUAAUGUUUUCAUGUUGGUAUGCAGUGCCUUUUUUACGCCAUAUAUAGUGCUGUUUGUU